AUGGCUCCUCCAGUCUGGACUCUGGUGCUGCUGGUGGGGGCCGGCUGGGGCCAGGGCCACAUCCUGCCCCUGUCCGCUGUUCUCACUCAGUGUGACUUUGAGGAUAACUCCAACCCCCUCUGUGAUUGGACCCAAGGGUCCACAGAUGACGGGGACUGGACUCGAGCCAGUGGACCCUCCCCCACCGGCAGUACGGGUCCCCCCGGGGGCUACCCCAACGGAGAGGGCUACUACCUGCACAUGGCAUCAAGCACCUUCCACCAGGGCGGGGUGGCCCGCCUACGCAGCCCCCCCAUAUGGGAGCAAGGCCCCCUCUGCGUGCACUUCGCCUACCACCUGUUUGGGCUUUCGUGGGGCGCCCAGCUCAAACUACUGCUGCUCAGGGACACCAAGAAGAAGCGCCCCAGCCUGCUCUGGAAACAUACUAACACCCAGAGCCCCUCCUGGAUUCCCACCGCUGUCACCGUGCCUAUGCGCCUUGCCCUGCCCAGUCAGGUGAUGUUUGAAGGAGUGAGGGGCAGCACGGCUUCCCUGGACAUCGCUCUGGAUGCCAUCUCCAUCCAUAGGGGCUCCUGCAAUCGGAUCUGCAUGAUGCAAAUGUGCAGCUUUGACAUUCCAAAUGAUCUCUGUGGCUGGAGCUGGAUCCCGACAGCCUCUGGGGCCAAGUGGGUCCAGAAGAAGGGGUCGUCCGGGGUGCUGAAAGUGGGGCCUGAGGACGAUUUCUCUAGCCCUGGUGGUGGCUUCUACAUGCUCCUGGACCCCAAGAAUGCAAAACUGCGGCAGAAAUCUGUCCUCCUGAGCCCCCUGAGCCAGUCCUCUGGCUGUUUGAGCCUGUCCUUCCACUACAUCCUCUAUGGCCAGUCACCUGGUGCAGCCCUCGCCAUCUAUGCUUCUGUCUUGGGCAGCAUCAGGAAACACACUCUCUUCUCAGGACAACCUGGACCCAAUUGGCAGCCUGUUACUGUCAAUUACACAGCCCAGGGAGAAAUUCAGUUCACUGUGGUGGGUGUGUUUGGAGAGACCCCAGAGCCAGCUGUGGCAGUGGAUGCGAUCAGCAUUGCUCCCUGUGGGGAGAGCUUUCCUCAGUGUGACUUUGACGAUGAUGCCCAUCCCUUCUGUGACUGGGCCCAGGCAUCAGGGGAUGGUGGACACUGGACCCGGGGAAGUAAAAAUAUGCACAUGCAGGGUACAGGCGCUUUUGGAGGUUCCCCUAAUGGAGAAGGUCGCUGUAUCUAUGUCCAGGCUGACAAGUUCUCUGAGGCAGGCCAGUCUUGCAGACUGGUGAGCCGGCCCUUCUGUGCCCCGAGUGCGAUCUGUGUGGAGUUUGCUUACCACAUGUACGGCCUAGGAGAGGGCGCUAAACUCAAUCUCCUGCUGGAGAGUCCCGCAGGCAGUUUCCCGACUUCUCUCUGGCACCGCGUUGGGUCUCAGAGCCCCGACUGGCUGAACACCUCCGUCACUAUCCCUUCGGGGCAUCAACAGCCCAUGCAGCUGAUAUUGGAGGCCAUCAGAGGGACCAACACUGCCUUUGUUGUCGCUGUGGGUUUUAUCUUGAUCAAUCACGGGACUUGUAGAGGAACUAUGCCAACAGUGCUUCCUUCCAAAUCUCCAGUUCCCCCCACCGGCCCUUCUGAAACCCUUGUCUCCACAGAAAAACCUAGGACUCCCACAGAAAAACCUACAGUCCCCAAAGAAAAACCUAUGACCACCACAGAAAAACCCACUGUCCCCAAAAAGCCCACUAUUCCCACUAAAAAACCCACUGUCCCCACUGAAGAGACCACUAUCCCCUCUGAAGAGACCAUUGUGCCCUCUGAAGAGACCACUGUCCUUCCCAAAGAGCCUACCAUCUCCACUGGAAAACCUACCAUCCCCACUAAAAAGUCCACUAUACCCCCUGAAAAGCCCAGUAUCUCCACAGAAAAGCCCACUGUCCACACAGAAAGACCUACUGUCCACACUGAAAGGACCACCAUCCACACUGAAAGGUCCACUGUCCCCACAGAAAAACCCACUCUGCCCACUGAAAGGCCCACCAUUCCCAUAGAAAAAUCUACCCUUCCCACAGAGAAACCCACCACCCCUACUGAAAAGACCACCAUCUCCACAGAAAAACCUACCCUUCCUAAAGAAAAACCCACCGUCCCCACUGAAAGGCCCACAGUGCCCACAGAAAAACCCACUGUCCCCACUGAAAGUUCCACCAUCCCCACAGAAAAGUCUACCCUUCCCACAGAAAAACCCACCAUCCACACAGAAAAACCUACCCUUCCCACAGAAAAACCCACCGUCCUUACUGAAAGGCCUACCAUCCCCACAGAAAAACCUACCACCCCUACUGAAAAGACCACCAUCCCCACAGAAAAACCUACCCAUCCCACAGAGAAACCCACCAUCCCCACAGAAAAAUCUACCCUUCCCACAGAGAAACCCACCACCCCUACUGAAAAGACUACCAUCCCCACAGAAAAACCUACCCUUCCUAAAGAAACACCCACCGUCCCCACUGAAAGGCCCACAGUUCCUACAGAAAAACCCACUGUCUCCAUUGAAAGGCCCACCAUCCCCACAGAAAAACCUAUCCUUCCCACAGAAAAACCUACCAUCCACACAGAAAAACCUACCCUUCCCACAGAAAAACCCACCAUCCCCACUGAAAGGUCUACAGUUCCCACAGAAAAACCCACUGUCCCCACUGAAAGGCCCACCAUCCCCACAGAAAAACCCACCAUCCACACAGAAAAACCUACACUUCCCACAGAAAAACCCACCAUCCUUACUGAAAGGCCUACCAUCCCCACAGAAAAACCCACUGUCCCCACUGAAAAGACCACUGUCUCCACUGAAAAACCCCCUGUCCCCACUGAAAGGCCUACCACCCCUACUGAAAAGACCACCAUCCCCACAGAAAAAUCCACUGUCCUCACUGAAAAGACCACCGUCCCUACUGGAAGGCCUACCGUCCCCACAGAAAAAACCACCAUCCCUACUGAAAAACCCACUGUCCCUACAAAAAACCCCAGCAUCCCCACAAAAAUAUCUACUUUUGCCACUGAAUGGCACACAGUUCCUACAAUACCCCAGCCGAGCCCAACACUUGUACCCAUUGGGCCAACAGUCUUGGUGAUGCCUUCCACUGCUCCAAGUACCUCCACGACCGCUACAACCCCUGGACGCACUCCAGGUAUGUGACACAGCAUCGAACCGACAGCAGAAACGAGGUGUCCCCCAAAUGCCCACUAUGAGCGCUGCACCUGCCCAGCAUCCUGUGAGAGACCCAAGCCCAACUGUGGGCCCCUCUGCAAACCUGGCUGUGUCUGCAAUUCUGGCUUCUUGUUUCGGGGAUCCCUCUGCAUCAAUGCCUCGUCCUGCAAUUGCUUCUACAACAACAAUUACUAUAAGCCUGGGGCAGAGUGGUUCAGCUCCAACUGCACAGAACGUUGCCGCUGCAGGCCUGGCAGUCGGAUGGAGUGCCAGAUCUCUCAGUGUGGGACUCACACAGUGUGCCAGCUGAAGAACGGCCACUACGGGUGCCAACCCUACGCAGGCACCGCCACCUGCGCCGUCUACGGAGACCCGCACUAUCUCACCUUUGAUGGAAGACACUUCAACUUCAUGGGCAAAUGCACCUACGUCUUGGCCCAACCUUGUGGCAACUCGACAGAGCCAUUCUUCAGGGUGGCGGCAAAGAAUGAAGAUCGAGGACAGGAAGGCCUGUCCUGCCUGAGCAAAGUCUACGUGACCCUGCAUGAGAUCACCAUCACCCUGCUCAGGGACAGGCGCACGCUGGUUGGGGGGAAGCAAGUCUCUCUCCCAGCGGUACCUUCUAAAGGAAUCUUCCUGGCUUCAAGUGGGCGGUUUGUGGAACUGCAGACGGCGUUUGGUUUGCGGGUGAGAUGGGAUGGCAACCAGCAGCUGUAUAUAAGUGUGCCCAGGUGCCAGAAGAACCCCACAGUUCCUCCCUCGUGCAAGUCAGGCUUGCAGAACAGUCUGUCGGGACUACAGUUCUGUGGACGGCUCUUGGACACCCGCGGAGUAUUCAGGGCAUGUCUGCCUCACCUCAAGGCCUCCUCGUUCUUCAAGAGCUGCACGUUUGACAUGUGUAAAUUCCAGGGGCUGCAGCCAGUGCUGUGUGCCCAUAUGGCAGCCUUGACUGAGAUCUGCCAGGAUGCUGGCUAUGCCGUGAAGCCUUGGAGGGGACCCCAAUUCUGCCCAAUGACCUGCCCGCCCAAUAGCACGUACACGCUGUGUGCCAGGGUGUGCCCCGCCACCUGCCAUUCUGGGUUCUCUGGCAUGGCCUGCCAGAACCGGUGUGUGGAGGGCUGUGAGUGCAACCCGGGCUUCGUCCUCAGCGGUCUCCAGUGUGUCCCCCACUCCCAGUGUGGGUGCCUCGAGCCCACAGUGGGCUACUUCAAGGUAGGGGAGCGGUGGUUCAAGCCAGGCUGCAGACAGCUCUGUACCUGCGAGAGCAACAAUAAAAUUCGCUGCACACAGUGGAGGUGUCAGGCCCAGGAGGUCUGUCGUCAGCAGGAUGGCAUCUAUGGCUGCCAUGCCCUAGGGGCCGCCACCUGCACCGUCUCAGGGGACCCCCACUACCUGACGUUCGACGGAGCUUUGCAUCACUUCAUGGGCACCUGCAGCUACAUCCUGACCAGGCCUUGCCAGUCUAGGUCCCUAGAGAACUACUUCAUCGUGAGCGCCACCAAUGAGUUUCACGGUGGGAACUUGGAGGCCUCUUAUGUCAGAUCCGUUCACCUGCACAUCUUCAACCUGAGAAUCUCGCUCAUCAAAGGCCACAAGGUCAUGCUGAAUGGUCGCCGAGUGGCCCUGCCUGUGUGGCCUGCACAAGGCCGGGUGAGCAUAAGGCCUAGCGGUUCCUUUAUCCUCCUCUACACGGACUUUGGGCUUCAAAUUCGCUACGAUGGGAAGCAUCUGGCCGAAGUGACAGUGCCCUCCUCCUAUGCUGGCCGGCUCUGCGGGCUGUGUGGCAACUACAACAACAAUAGCCUGGAUGACAAUCUGCUCCUGGACAAAAGGCCUGUGGCCAGCUCGGAUGGCCUGGGCGUCGCCUGGAAGUUCCCUGAUUACUCUGAAACAGGCUGCUUUGCUAAGGGUCCGAAGCCCUCCAGAUGCCAGGAGAACAGAGGGGCAAACAGCUGGGAAAAGAACUGUGAUGUCUUAAUGGACCCUCAGGGACCCUUCUCUCAGUGCCACGGGGUGGUGCCUCCCCAGUCCAGCUUCGCCAGCUGUGUGUAUGGCCAGUGUGGGACCAAGGGGGACACCCUGACCCUGUGCCGCUCCCUGCAGGCCUAUGCAUCCCUGUGUGCCCAUGCCGGCCAGGCCCCUUCCUGGCGGAAUGGCACCUUCUGCCCUCUGAAGUGCCCGUGCAGCAGCAGCUACAGCCCCUGUGCCAACCCCUGCCCAGCCACCUGCCUCAGCCUGACGGCCCCCAGAGACUGCCCAGCAGCACUGCCCUGUACGGAGGGCUGUGAGUGCCAGAAAGGUCACAUCCUGAGUGGAACCUCCUGUGUGCCCCUCAGCCAGUGCGGCUGCGUCGACCAGGAGGGCUACUACCACCCGGUCGGGGAGAGAUGGUACGCGGACCACACCUGUUCCAGGCUCUGCACCUGCUCCAUUCGUAACGCCACCUCCUGCCAGCAGGCCGCCUGCAAGCCUGGCCAGAUGUGCUGGCCCCUGGAUGGGCUGCUACGCUGCCGGGCUUCAGGUAUGGGAGUGUGCCGUACCUCAAACCACUCUCAGUACCUGAGCUUCGAUGGCACUUACCACACCAUCAGGGACACCUGCACUGGUAUCCUGGUGAAAGUGUGCCACCCCACCAUGGACCUGCCUUUCUUCAAGAUCAGCGUCAAGUAUGGGAAGAAGAGAGGCCAGUCCGCUGUUUCCUACCUCCACCAGGUCAACGUUGACUUCUUUAAUACCCUCAUUACCUUGAUAAAGGACCACCGUGUGCUGAUCAACGGCACACAGGUCACCUUUCCCUUCGCCACCGAGAUCCGAGGGCUCAGAAUCAGUAUUGUUGGCAACAGCACCGUACUAAUUUUUAACACCGGGGUCCAGGUCAAGUUUGACGGCAAAGAUUUCUUUGAGGUCCAGCUCCCUGCAGCCUAUUACCAAAAGGUCUGUGGCUUGUGCAGAAACUUCAAUGGUGAGGAAGAGGAUGAGCUCAUGAUGCCCAAUGACGAAUUAGCCCAGAAUGACGCUGAAUUUGUGGAGAGUUGGCAAGAUAAGGAGUCUCACCCAAAUUGCCAAAAAGAGAGCCAGGAGACCCAAGCAAUACAGCUGGAGAAUCUAAAUAUAGGCUGCAGGAGAGAUGACCUAGUGAGAGCCCAGGAACAAUGCCAGGCGGCCUUUCAGACUCCGGCCUGGACUGAGUGUGCCACCUACGUGUUCCUCAAGCCCUUCCUGCUCAAGUGUAUCCACAACCUCUGUCAGUUUGGAGGCCUACGCCAUGCCCUCUGUGGAUCUCUGGAAAACUUCGCAGUCGCCUGCCGGGCCCGGGGGCUCCAGCCCCCAAUCUGGAGAAACAGCAGUUUCUGCCAAGCAUCCAGCUUUGUGGCCAUCCUGUUGGGGAUGCUCGUGCCUGUGGUGGUCAUAGUGCCGGCAGUGACCUGGGAAUGUGUUUCCAGGAAGAGGAGGAGGAGGAGGGCAGUGCAGUGGCCCUUCGAGGUGAAGGGGGGGCGGUACGUGGGGCCCUAA